AUGGACACCAUUAGAACUUUGGAAAAUGAUAAGCUUGAGUUAGAAGAAAAUUUGAAAGAGCUACAAGCUUCUAAUCAUGCAUCCUUCACCAAAACUGGGAAAACGUUUUCAACUGAUAUUAGGAUGUUUGUGUACGAAAGUAUAGUAAACCAAGUGCCAACAAAAAAUGUCCCGAAAUUGCUUGAUAAAUUUGCCCAGCGAGCUGACAUACAGCUGGAAUGUAUUCCUCACAGGAGCACGGUAGAACUGAUGGUCCGUGAGCUGGGAGUCCUUUCAGACCUUCAGGCGUCUGAAGUUCUUAUGGACAGUGAAAACAGUACACUUGGCUUUGAUGCAACCACCCAAGGAGGAGUUCAUAUUAAUGAAAUUCAUGUCACAACCAAGUCGGAUUGCCAAGUCAUUGCAGUCGACGAAUUAGACGGCGGGACGGCGGAAGACUACGCACUCCAUGUGGUGGAUUCCAUUGACCGGCUAGCUGAUGUUUAUUCAGACUUUCAUAAAGCUGAUUACCAGGAAACUAGACAGAAAUUGAUAGGCAAUAUAACUAAUACCUUAACAGACCGCGUGGUUGUGAAUCAUGCUGCCAUAACCCACAUAUCUGGAAUCUGGGGUAAAUCUUUCAAUGAACUUAACUGUCAUCUCCACCCCUUGGGUACAAUUGCAAGCACAGCUAGAAAAUCUUUAAAGCCAUUCGAAGUUUCUAAAGGAAGUUUAUAUGGAAGCGACAGUUUAGCGGGGAACAUCAUGUUGCAGAUGAACAAGUUGCGAUACAAGGAUGGGAAGGGUGACCCCAAGGGUUUUGUGAAUUUCCUCCACGAACAGGGCUUACCAAGGGGGAUCCUUCCGCGUUACCGUGGCAACCGCCUUCAUAUCGUCUUCCACAUUUGUGGCUGUGCUUCAUGUGGUGGUCUACAGGCUGCUAUGCUGAAGGAUUUUGUUAAUCCAGUGGCUAAAGUAGAACUACAGGUUCUAGGGCUGGUUGGGAAAAUCUUGUCUGGGCCAUGGAUGACCAAAUUCUAUACUUCACCUGAAAAGCAAGUUGACCAUGUGGAUGGUAUUCCCAUUGUCAAAAAUGUCAUUGACACUAUCAAGGAAAAUGCAGAAAACCCCAUGUCACUCCUUACAAAUUCCACUGAUUUCUUUGGAAAUGAACUCAACUCCUGUGACUCCACCUUGAAAUGUCUGCAAGAGAGGCCAGCAGAUGAAAAUCUCUUCUGUCAAAUGAUGCAAGCGGUCUUGGAAGAAAUAGCAGUUGUCCUGGAGCGUCAGUACAGUCGCUAUUUCAGUUUAGAGCUCACUGAACAGCUCCGGAAGGAAACAGAGUCUGCUAGAUCUCAUAAUAUAGAUGCAGAGGAGAUCAUGGGAAUGUUCAGUGCCGCACAAAAGCGUUCCCCCAACAGUACAAUUUGUCACUUGUCAUCUAAGCUAAGAGCACAGAAAAACAAGGUAAUGGAUUAUUUGGAUCGAUUGGACAGUGAUACACUCACACUGCAGAGUGUGUUAAAGACGGCUGUGUCGCGUGGAAGGAAGCAGAGACAGCAUAACAGAAAGAGAUGUUUCGAGUUAAGAAAAGAAAUGGCCAGAAGACAGACUUUGAAACGUGAAAAAAAAGAAACCAGAGACAGGAAAAAGGUGGAAACAAAACUCAGAUCUGGAUGCAACAACAAGGAGCGACCUCCAAGACAUUUUAGACGGGAAAGCAGUAGGUCGAGACAUCUGCCACAUCUGGUAUGA